AUGAGCUGGAUGGACUCCUGGUCAAGGCCGGGCAAGCAUGCGGCAGUCCCACCACCAUUCUAUCUCACUCAGGGAGAAAACGUCCCGUACUGCCGCACGUGCGGUAGAGUCAUAAGCACCCGCAAGCAGCUACAGAAAGGCCCAAACACGAUCAAAUACUGCUCCGACCGAUGUCGAAGUCGGAAGCCAGGUCCCGCGGACAAGAAGGUGGAGAGGGCGAUCGUGGCUCUGUUGAACGCGGAGGACGGAUCCGGGAUCGAGAAGACCGCCGCUCGAGCCAAGGUGACGAAAGGAGACCGACGGGUCAUCGUGACGUGUGAUGAGAUCGAAGAGGCCGUUUUCGGCACGAGACAUGAUCCCACGAAAACGUUUGGGCGCAAGAAGAAUCGUGCGAGCCGUGCGCUGCAGGACGACGGUGAAUGGAAAAGUGUGGACAUGGUUGAUGAUCACGACGCUUCCUCCGAUCAGGAUGUAUCUCGAGUAGAGGCUGGUCGUCAACGAACUCGUCUGCAGGUUCGCCCGCCCCAGCUAGAGUCCGACGUCAACGGAAGUAUUGGGGGAGAGAAAGGCUGGGCCGAACGUCACUCUGAAACACCUGAGGAGUACGAAAAGAGACUGGAGGGGCAGCAACGCGCCGAAGAACGCGAAAUGGUCCGUCGAGCAGCAAGGCGUGGGGUCGUGUUCGGCUUUGAUGUGGAUUUCUCCUCACAGUCGGAUGCUCCUACACAGCAGGCUAAAGGGAAGAAGGCCGUGUCAGGUAGGGAUGGGAGCACGACGGGGGAUCGAUCGUCUCCUCAACUGCGACGAAAAUGUGAAGCCUUGAUGAACGGUUCGGUGGUAGAACCCAGUUUUGCCAAAGGUAAUUGGGCUCUCCGAUGGAGGGAGUAG